UAGGUAUCUCAAGGUUGGAUGACCCAGAGGAAUCUUUUCCUAUGCUUGAAACGCUUGUUAUAAAAAUGUGUCACAAGCUUGAGGAGAUUCCCCCUAGCUUUGCAGAUAUUGAAACAUUGAAGCAGAUUAAGUUGAUUGGGCGCAGGCCACAAACUCUGGAGCCUUCAGCUGUGAAACUUAAGGAAGACAUCGAAGAGAUUGAAGGAUGCAGCCGUCUUAACCUCAUUAUGGACGUUUGGAUCAGUAAGCACCAUAGCCGGCAGCUACGACUUCAAGCACAAGCUCGUCGAGAGAACAUGUGACCAGUAAAGGAAAUCAAGAAGACAAAUGUCAAGCAUUGUGGGGCAAGUCAUUCAUUGCAAAGCUGCUAUGGCAUGGGAGCCAGGAAAGCCGUUACUGAUCAAGGAAGUGGAGAUGGCACCUCCAAAAAAAAAAAUGGAAGUUCGUCUUAAGAUCUUCUCCGCUUUCCUCCGCUAUACUGAUAUCUACUUCUGGGAAGAAAAGGAGCAAAACUCAGUGUUUCCUCGCAUUCUUGGACAUGAAGCAUCAGUGAUUGUGGAGAGUGCUCACGGCAAAUUAGAAGAAAGCAAUAUGUGCCAGCCCAUUAAGGGUUUAUACUGACCUUUAGUGAACACACCGUAGUUCAUGUUGUUGUGAAAAUCAACCCCUUUGCUCCUCUUGACAAAGUUUGUGUCUUCAGUUGUUGAAUUUCAAGGAGAAACAGCGAUAAAUUAUGUACCUUAAAUAGUAGUUUCUUUAAAGGGGUUCAAUUGUUGAUUAAUGGGACGAUUCAUUCGUGGCCUUGGUGCAACUUUGAAUGUAGCUAAACCAGCAAAAAGCUCAAGUGUGGUUACAUUUUGACUGGGAGCUGUAGGCCUUGCUGUGAGUCUCCAUAUUGCAAAAAUGAGA